AUGGAUACACAAGUUGCUGGGAAGCUUGUUCUGUUCUGGUCAAGUACUUUUCUUGCUAAUGAAUUUUGUUUCUUUGGUUCGUCCUGCAGUUGUCUGUUCUCUCCACUCUCUACUGUCUGCAUUAUGAUACGUCUUUGUUUUCUCAUGAGCCAUGUACGCAUAUCUACUUUGACUCGGGUUAAUCGGUAUGGAGCCACAGGUGUCACGGUCUGCUGCUUGUUGGGAGGGAUGAAUCGAUUCCAUAUGCUUCUGCCAUUUGUACUCUUACUACGACUACUACGGAGUACAUGCUUGAUAGAUUUGGAAAUUGCCUUGCAUGCAUCACUUCAAGGCUUUUAUCACAUGCUGGCGCACCUAGACGACAUGAACAUGUAG